CUCUCAACCUGCUUCACCGGAUCAACAACAAAACGCACAAUCUCACAACGUGUCCUUUCUCUCUCUCUCUGCACUUUUCUUCUAUCUCUCUAUCUCUCUCUUCACAACAACAACAACUUUUUACAGUUUAUUGUUCUCUCUCUGUCUGUCUUUGGAAACAAAUCACAAAACAGCAAUAAAGAGGUUUUUAUCUGUUUUUAGAAAAACACACAAGACAUGUCGGAGACAAGAGACCCUGCGAUCAAGCUAUUUGGGAAGACGAUUCCGCUGCCGGAGAUUGCUGCCGGAUCGGGAUACUCCGCCGGGGAUGAGAAUCAUGCUUCUUCCACCGACUCUUCCAGGGAGUCCCACACCAACAGGGUGGUUGCACAGAAGCAACAAGAGACUGUGAAGGACACAUUGGGAGAAAACCCAACUGAUAUUAAGAAGGAAGAUGGAGUCCCCAUGCAAUUGGCGAAGGAGAUCACGAAUACAGAUACAACCUCUAGGACCGGUGAAGAAGCUGUUACCCUGUCCACUGAGAGGGGGUCUACUACAUUGAAAACUUCAAAGACUGAAGAAGGACAGAGCGAGACGAGUAAUUCACAGGACAAGAAUCUCAAAAAACCAGACAAAAUACUUCCUUGUCCCCGCUGUAAUAGCAUGGACACCAAGUUCUGCUACUAUAAUAAUUACAACGUCAACCAACCCCGACACUUCUGCAAGAAUUGCCACAGAUACUGGACUGCUGGUGGAACCAUGAGGAAUGUACCUAUUGGUGCUGGUCGCAGAAAGAACAAGAACUCUUCUCCAAUCAACCGCCCGAUAACUGUCUCAGAAGCGAUGCUGCAAAAUACUCGGACAGACUUGCCAAAUGGAGCAGCCCAUCAUCCUUCCUUGAAGGUUAAUGGUACUGUCCUUACAUUUGGAUCCAAUACACUUACAUUUGGAUCCAAAACACCCUUGUGCGAAUCAAUGACAUCUGCUCUGAACCUUGCUGAUAAAUCCGUACCCAAUUACACAAGGAAUGGAUUUCAUAGUUCUGAAGAACUAAGAAUUCAUGUUCCCCAUGGCAGUGGAGAAAAGGGCGAUGAUCAAUCCAACAAGUCUUCUGUUACCUCCGCCAAGUCGAUGGACAAAACAAGCACCAAUGGCCCCCAAGAACAAGAUAAGCAGAAUUAUCAGAGCUUCUCACCACAAGCUCCCUACUAUCCUGGGACCGCUUGGCCUUCCCCAUGGAAUCCAGUGCAGUGGAACUCUCCGCCCCCACCACCCGUUUUUUGCUCACCAGGAUUCGUUGCCCUGCCAUUCUACCCUGCAACAACUUGGGGCUGUACCAUACCAGGAGCGUUGAACACCCCAUGGCUAGCUCAACCAUCAACCCCAAAUGGCGCAACAGCUAACUCAGGUCCUAACUCCCCAACCUUGGGUAAGCAUUUAAGGGAAGAAAACAUGCUGAAAUCAAAUGAGUCAACCAGCGGGAAUGGACAUAACAAAGAAAAGUGCUUGUGGGUUCCGAAAACUUUGAGGAUUGAUGACUCAGGAGAAGCAGCAAAAAGCUCUCUAUGGACAUCUCUCGGAAUAAAAAACGAUAAGGCUGAAUCAGUCCCUGGAGGAGGACUUUUUAAAGCAUUCACUUCAAAGCAUGAUGAGAAGAAUCAUUCAGUGCAAGCCUCGCCACUCUUGCAAGCCAAUCCAGCGGCGUUUUCUAGGUCACUUAACUUUCAUGAGACCUCAUAACCAUGUAGCUUACAAAUUUGAAAUUUUGGAUGCAGAAAACUGAUUCAACAUUUCAUGAGGAAUUACAAACUGUAAAGCCUCAUUGGUUCACCAGCCUUGUUUUUAAUAGUUCUUGUUGUCAGCCAACUGAAGAAGAUUUGAGUAGAGAAUGGUUCUUCCUGCACUACCAUCUGAAGAAGAACCGCUUUGGUGAAGGAUCAUUCUUUUGCUUGUAGAGUAUCUUCCCUUUCAUUUGGAUGGAUUUUUAGUUAUGUACAUAUUUAAGUUCAUAUGACAUAGUGAGAUAUAGACAUAUAGUGAGUUUGUUUUUCUAGACAUCAUGUGUAUAUAAAUAAGAAUGGGGGUUCAGAAUGAACUUCCUGUUCUGGUUUAUUUCUUUCAGAACUUUUGGAGGCUAAAACUUUAAAAUAUAACUGGAAUGCAUCCAUUCAAUUCUCUACA